AUGGGUUUGAUUUACCGAUUUGAUGAACAAGAAAUACUGUAUGCGUGCAACGCUCUACGCGUCACUCUCUCGCAACGUUCAGGUGAUAAACCCAACGAACCCAAAGCAACAGAUUACCAAGACGAUCUACAAUUGAUACCAAACAAAACAAGUGGCAUUAGCAAUGAUCGAUUGGUGGUAUAUUUUAGACGUCUUCAAAAAGUUAGAGAUAGUGUUAUAAAUGAAACUCAAACUUUCGCAUGGGCCUACGCCACUACUCGACCAAGUGGUAAAGGUCCAGCUUCGAGCAUCAACAAACAUAUAUACAGAGGUGAUGUGGUUUUAACUUUGGAAAACGUGAAAGGAGAGAUCUCGUCGGAUACUCUGUCAUUUUACGAUAAAUUGAUUAUUUCCCAUGGUAUUCUAGUUUUCCUUGUUAUUCCUCUUGUUCUCGCUGGCAAUGCAAUCGCUUAUGUUGCAUCGGGAGGUUUUCAGACUACUAGUGACCCCCACAAGGUACUUCAUAAAUUUGUCAAUAAUCAUAGUAAUGUUAUUACCAUGGUUAAUUAUAAUUUAUAA